CGAUCGUUACAACGCGUUCAAAUGAUAAGAAGAGUCCGUCAAUUAGAUUAAACUCAUCUUCAACAUCCGAUCUGUUGGAACUUAAAGAAUGUUGUCGAGUGUCGCGAUAUUUUUAACCCUGGUCGCGGGAGUUCUUUACGGCUUGCACUACUUGGUUCGCGGAGGCAGGAAAGGUGAACUCAUCGAUAGAAUACCUGGACCACACGCUUGGCCGAUCAUUGGCAACAUUCUUACCUUCAUGGUACCCGUGGAAGAAUUAUGGAACGUGACUCGCAAGUUGAACACGGACUACUAUCCCAUCCAACGGAUUUGGAGCAUCGUAGUUCCAGUCGUGACUCUUUAUCAUCCGGAUGACGUGGAGGCUUUAUUUUCAAGUGUAAUCCACAUCGAAAAGAGUCGCAUAUACAACUUUCUUCAUCCAUGGCUGGGUACCGGUCUUCUAACCAGCGGAGGGAAAAAAUGGCACGAACGAAGGAGAAUCCUCACGCCAGCUUUUCACUUCAACCUACUGCAGCAAUUCGUCCGAAUUUUCAACGAGCAGAGUGAGAAACUCGUGCAAUCGCUUUGCCUCGAGGGCGACGAAGUCGUCGACGAUCUCGUCCACCUCCUCCACAAAUACACGCUCAACUCGAUUUGCGAAACCACGAUGGGCGCGACAUCGGACGUGAAUGGGCAAGUUCUGAAGGAAUACAGGUCCUGCGUUUCAGAAAUGGGAUGUAUAACGCUUUACCGGAUCCUCAGACCUUGGUGGCACUCAGACUGGAUGUUCAAAUUUUCGCGAAAAUUCAAAGAUCAAGUUCGCGCGCUGAAAGUUCUUCACGGUUUUUCGACGAAUGUCAUCAACGAUCGUAAACGGUAUCACGACGAGACCGGAGGUCGUUUUUUAAAAGGACUUAGCGGUGACAGCGAUUCGAAUAUCUACGCUUUCAACGAUGAAAAUGUCAAAGGUAAACGACGUCUGGCCAUGCUCGAUCUACUGAUGUCAGCUUCUAGGCACGAAGGCAGCAUAAGCGACGAGGGAAUCAGAGAAGAAGUGGAUACUUUCAUAUUCGAGGGACACGACACGACCGCUAUGGGAUUAUGUUUCACGUUGAUGCUGCUAGCCGAAAACAAAGACAUUCAGGACAAAGCGAGAGCUGAGAUCGACGAGGUAUUCGAAAAUAAAGAAGACAAGAAAUUGUCAAUGCGCGAAGUCCAGGGCUUGGCUUAUCUCGAAAGAUGCAUUAAAGAAUCUUUGCGAUUGUUUCCAAGUGUGCCAAUCGUAUCUCGUCACGUAUCGGAAGACCUGCAACUCAAGAACUACCUGGUGCCCGGUGGAACGGUUGUUCAAGUCGACAUUUUCGACCUUCACAGAGAUCCCAAUUUCUGGCCAGAUCCAUUAGUCUUUAGUCCGGAUAGAUUCUUACCCGACCAAGUGCGAGGACGUCAUCCGUUUGCCUUCGUGCCUUUCAGCGCGGGACCACGAAACUGCAUCGGUCAGAAAUUCGCGAUGCUGGAGUUGAAGGUGCUGAUAGCAAAUUUCGUACACAAUUUUUAUUUGGAGCCGCUUGAUCUUUCAUCCGAUGUGAAAAUCCUUUCUGACUUGGUCCUCCGGCCAGCGAAACCUGUUCGCAUUAAAUUGGUCCGAAGGUCACACGCUAAACCGAGACGAGCCGAAGAAAUGAGACGCCAAAUGGCGUAUGCCGGUUCUCUGAGGGUCAAAGAUGCUAGAAAAAGAUUCAUAAACGAUGAACGAGAAAUAAAAAUUACAGAAAUGGAAAACAAUGAUUAUUCGUCAAUCACAAAAAUAACUCUGUGGUGCGAUCUUGAAAGAAAAGAAAAAACUAUAAACAUGUUUAUCUUGAAGUAUCAAGUUCUCUCUACCGCAACGUCUAGUCGGCAGUCAUUCUUGCUUAAUCAAAUUUAUAAACGCUUGUCUAGCGCCCGAGUUAAGAGAUCCGAAAAAAUGUUGGGUAUUAUGCUAUUUCUUACCCUGAUCGCGGGGGUUCUUUACGGAUUCCACUACUUGGUUCGCGGUGGCAGGAAAGGUGAACUCAUCGAUAGAAUUCCUGGACCAUACGCCUGGCCUUUCAUCGGUAAUAUGUUAAUCUUCCUAGUGUCUCACGCAGUCGAAUUAUGGACCUUGAGUCGCAAGCUGAACAAGGACUAUUACCCCAUUAAUCGUAUCUGGAGUGUCAAAGUUCCAGUCGUCAACGUUCAUCAUCCGGACGACGUCGAGGCCUUGUUUUUAAGCACGCAGCACAUCGAGAAGAGCCCUUUGUACGAUUUCCUCCAUCCGUGGCUCAGCACCGGACUUUUGACUAGCAAAGGAAAAAAAUGGCACGAACGACGGAAAAUCCUCACGCCAGCUUUUCACUUCAACGUACUGCAACAAUUUGUCGGAAUUUUCAACGAGCAGAGCGAGAAAUUGGUGCGAUCGCUUUGCCUCGAGGGAGACGAAGUCGUCGACGAUCUCGUCCACCUCCUCCACAAAUACACGCUCAACUCGAUUUGCGAAACCACGAUGGGCGCGACAUCGGACGUGAAUGGGCAAGUUCUGAAGGAAUACAGGUCCUGCGUUUCAGAAAUGGGAUGUAUAACGCUUUACCGGAUCCUCAGACCUUGGUGGCACUCAGACUGGAUGUUCAAAUUUUCGCGAAAAUUCAAAGAUCAAGUUCGCGCGCUGAAAGUUCUUCACGGUUUUUCGACAAAUAUCAUCAACGAUCGUAAACGGUAUCACGACGAGACCGGAGGUCGAUUUUUAAAGAGGUUUGACGACGACAGCCAUCAAAGUAUUUACAGCUUUGACGACGAAAAUGUGAAGGGCAAACGACGUCUGGCUAUGCUGGAUCUCCUCAUCUCAGCUUCCAGGCGUGAAGGCAAUAUAGACGACGAAGGAAUCAGAGAAGAAGUCGACACUUUUAUUUUCGAGGGACACGACACGACCGCUAUGGCAAUAUGUUUUACGUUGAUGCUGCUAGCCGAAAACAAAGACAUUCAGGACAAAGCGAGAGCUGAGAUCGACGAGGUAUUCGAAAAUAAAGAAGACAAGAAAUUGUCAAUGCGCGAAGUCCAGGGCUUGGCUUAUCUCGAAAGAUGCAUUAAAGAAUCUUUGCGAUUGUUUCCAAGUGUGCCGUUCGUAUCUCGUCACAUAUCGGAAGACCUGCAACUCAAAAACUUUCUGGUGCCCGGUGGAACAAUUGUUCAUGUUCACAUUUUUGACGUCCAUAGGGAUCCCAAUUUCUGGUCAGAUCCUUCAGCGUUCAAUCCGGACAGAUUUUUACCCGACCAAGCACAAGGACGUCAUCCGUUUGCCUUCGUGCCUUUCAGCGCGGGACCACGAAACUGCAUCGGUCAGAAAUUUGCGAUGUUGGAGUUGAAGGUGCUGAUGGCACAUUUCUUGCACAAUUUCUAUUUGGAGCCUCUCGAUUAUUCAAACGAUGUACAAAUCCUUACCGACUUGGUCCUCCGGCCAGCAAAACCUAUCCGCAUAAAAUUUGUCUCAAGAUUACAAAGUGAUUAACUAUAACUAGUGCUCACCACGCACUUUCAAAUAGACAAAAUUAUACAACACAUGGAACUUGGUGUAAUUAAGUUUUCUUCACUUUUGGAUAUAAAUUUUCACGCAAACACUCUGUAAAAGUGGCAACAAGAAAGGUAGAAUAUAAAUUUCAUUUUGUUUUUUUCUCGUACCGGUCAGCUGUGAAAUAAGAAAGACAAUUGUUAUAUACAUAUGUCUAAUAAUAAGUGACAAAUAGAAGAUGAGAUAAACAAUUUUCUUACAACAGAGCUUGUAUUUUGUAUGAUUUCUUUACAUCAGCCAACUACCAUUAUUUUUGUGUUUAUUUGUUUAUUUAUUUAUUUUUUUAAGUUUUUUUUUUGUUUUUUGUUUUUUUUUUUUUGUUUGUUUUUGUUUUGCAUAGAAAGCUUCCAUCCGUAAAACAAUACAUUGGUUGGUGGUUUCUGGUUAGUAAAGCUAGCAUACAUACCAGUGCGACUUGGCACUGUUUCAAACAACACCCUUGUAACAAAACGCUUACUGUCUAUUUUCCAGUCCGUAGCUGCGAAAUUCAAUAUAGGUAUCUCUACUCGCGGUUGUCAAUACAUUUGCAAGUUCUUUUAUUUGCAACAUUGAAAAUCAUCUAUCCGCAAUGACGAACAGAUGAUGGUAAAU